CCUGUCAGUAUCACAACAAAAAGAGAUUGAAUGAAGAUUAUUAACGAAGUUGCGUGAAGAUGAGCAGAUUUAAAGCAUUUCUGUGCAGGGGACUGCGCUUUAAUUUCUUGCAUACCAUAGGUGGAGUUUUAGAGAGUGCAACAUACUCCUAGACCGUUGUCUGAACGUCAAACUAGUGUCUUGUCAGACGUCUCUUCAAGUGUCCCAAUUUCGUUUUAUGAGUCAAGUUACUUUCUUGUUCCAGCUGAUCGUGUAUAUUUUUAUGUUGUUUCACCCCAAAAGACAAAAUAUAAACAUUGUUUCUGUGUGUAAAUUUAUGACGAACGUAAUCGCACCAUAUCCAAGAUACAUCUGUCUCGGAGUGUGAUACGGGAGCCUGAAUCCACAAUGGAGGUAGAUCACGAACCACCGGCAAACUCAUCAGCCAUGUCUGGGGUUGGAACAUUGAAAAGGUCAAACAGUGCGCCAAUGAUUAAUGCGCUCCUUCCUACUUCGAAUACAGAAACAAGUACUUCCACAUUCAAGUCAACGGAAUCUUCAAGGAUUCGGCGCUUCAGUUCCAGUAACAUGUCUCUGUCCUCCAUAUCGGCGCCUUUGAGGGUUCCUGAUCGGAUAAAUCAGAUAAAGAUUGAGGAGAGCCAUAUACCUGACCGAGAAGCUGCUCAUGAGAGAGAAAUGAGAAACCAAAUGCAGAUCUCAACUUCAUGGGAUGGUUUCAAUUUGGUGGAGAGUGAGCAGAUGCUAGCGGAGCAGACUCAACGUCGACCAAGAUCGUUCAGUGAGUCCCUUCACAUCAUGACGUCACCUAGUCUACUAUGUGGGUCCCCCUCACCCACUAGGCUUGGGAAGCAAUGCUUCUCUCCAUCAAUGCAGAUUCCGAUACGGAACCACUCGUUUACACCCUCACCUAGUCCAAGUCCAACAAGAAAGUCAUUUAUGAGAAGCCUGAGUCCAAUUGCUGUGCGACCAAGUCCGUUAGGGAAACGGAAACUGGAGUCGGACAACAGUGACAGGUUCGAGUAUUUGAGUCCUCCAAAGAAGUUCCACACGGGACCCAGUACACCUGACAGAAUCAUCCCCCACCCACUAGCCCACAGCAUAUCAUCCAGUAGCUUAGAAGACCACAGCCCAGAGCAGACAGUUCCGCGCGGGCCUGGAGCCGUGAUCGACCAGUCACACCAGUCCAAGACACACAUGUUUGGCUUCAUGCCUCUCAGAGACUCACACGACAUACAUAUGACAGACUCGGAGGCGUCAGACAUCACGGAAUCUGUUGAUAUAUCCGAUUCUCCGGCGCCAGUCAUGACAAACCAUACCAACCCCAGCGCCACUGGGUUCACGCCGAUAAAACAGACCCACGUUUAACCAUCCUGCGGAGAUGGAAACGUAGACUGAAGGUUUGUACCCACAGGGUUCUAGAGAGACAUUGUUUUCAAGGACAGAUGAAACCUGUUUAGAUGAUUUCAACCAAAUUUCCAAUUUUGUUAAGUUUUUAAAGAUAUUUUUGUAUGUGUGACUUGAUUAAGUUAAGUUGAUACUUUAUCAAUUUGGAAAUUUGAAGACUCGGUGAUGCACUGUGGUAUAAUCUGAAGUUGAAAUAGAAAAUGUUGAUAUAUGUGACACAGUGCUUCGUAUUGUUUGUGAGCAAUACAUUACGUCAAGCUUGGAUUCGUCAAGUCAGCGCAGAUGAAAAAGGGAGAGAACUGAAAUAGAUUACUGAUGGCAGCCAGAGUUACCUCCCUUUGAACUUGUUUUGAUUUUACAAGUGCUAAGCAAAUUUUUUGUCUUUGUUUAUGAUGAUUCAUGAAGAUAUUGUUUAUGAUGUUUGUUGGUAGUGUUUUACAUAAGCAGGGUUGUUUACACAAGUAAAUUUGUUUGCAAUGUUACUGUAGAUGUUUUAUCCAGAUUGGAUUAUGUCCCUUGUCAAUGGGAACCCCAAGCUCCUCACAGGGAGCCUGUCAAGGAGCUCUUUGUAAUAUCACUGCCACCGGUAACAGCUCCCUACAGUGCUAAGCACUUCACAACCAUGCAGUGAGUUCAUCUUGCAACUGGAAGAUGUUGUGUUUACAAACAAAUAACUCAUUCUGAAAGAUUUUCCUCCUAGAAGUCUUCUUUGUCACAGAAUGGAAGGAGAAUGGGAGAUUUAAUCGACAAUUUUGAACAAAUCUGAUCAGAAAAAUAUCGGAGGUAAUUCAGGAAACGGCCAAUCUUGAAAAUAUUCAAAACCCUUAACAUGGAGGUCAUGGCUUGUGGCAUCGAUGAUACAGAAAGUUAUUAAGCCGUCAUCCUUGAAUGAAGCUUUGGAAAAGGCGUUUUCCACACCCAGACAUGUGUUUGUUUUGCAUAGGGCUCACUGAGAAGAGAUUACUGUAUAUAUCGUGCAAUCGUGACUCGUGUCUAUCAUGGUCAUGGUGAAUGUAAAUUUUCUAUAGUUAUUAUUUCUAUGAAGUAUAUCAUAUCUAUAGAUAAACACUGAGAUGUACAAAUUGUACAACAAUGAUUAUAUGAAAAUGUGGAUAGUGUCUUAUAUUCUUGGGGUCCUAGGAUUCUUGUUGAGUGAAUAGGUUUUUUUCCAUCACUGUCUCAAUGCUUACAGCCUUUUUUCUGAAAGGCAAAGCCAAAAUGUAUUAUUUUUUUGUCAGAACAGUUGUUUUUUCAUGACAUCCAUGUUGAAUAAAGGAAAAUGUUAUCUUUUUGGAGAUAAAUAGCAGCAAGAAUAUUUUCCUGUACUUUGCUGACAAAUUGUUUUCCCUUUUCUACCCCUGCAACAUGUCAACAUGAUUAAUCUGAAAUGUAUCUAUUAGAAUAUUGAAAUAGCUAAUGGUACUGCAAUUUGCU